AAAUUCCCGCCCAGAAAGGAAUUAAUGCAUUGGCUUUACAAGAAGUUGAAGCAUUUGUUACGGUGGAUGAAAUGAAAAGUAUGCUGUGGGAAUAUGUUAUUUUUUGAAAUUCUAAUAUUAUUUGUCAUUUUAGUAAAAGAAAAUUUAAUUAUGAAAGAUGGCAAAGUUGAAAGGAUUUGUUGAAUGGGAAAACAAUGAGCUAGUGGAAGCAUUUGUUACGGUGGAUGAAAUGAAAAUAAAAGAAAAUUUAAUUAUGAAAGAUGGCAAAGUUGAAAGGAUUUGUUGAAUGGGAAAUCAAUGAGCUUGCAACACAUAUUAUUGUAUUUUACCUUAGGUCAAUUAAAAAGGAAAUUUCAAUGCCGAUUGCUUGGUGGUCAACCAAAACACCAGCCAGUAGGAUUGCUUUAAUGUUUUGGAAAAUUGUGUGUGCAUGUGAGAAGAAAAACGUUCAUAUCAACUGUGUCAUAGCAGAUGGGUAUUCUAUCAACCGUAAAUUUUUUCAUCUUGUCUCUUUGAGGAAGUUGUCCUUGGACAACGAUGACGGUGUUUAUACUGCUCCAAAUCCAUACAGUGCAAACCGGGCAAUUUUUCUCUGUUUGGAUCCUUCACACUUAAUUAAGACGAUUAGAUAUUCAUUUUACGCAUCCCGGCCUGGUGGCAGCCGUUAUCUCAACAUGCUUGGACCAGGUCAUGACAUCCUUUGGGAGCAUGUUGCAAAACUGUAUGAGAUGGAGAAAUCUAUGCCUCUGACAUCUAUUACAAAACUGACCAGUAAUCACAUACAGCUUUACCCCAUUUGGAGAAAUCUAUGCCUCUGACAUCUAUUACAAAACUGACCAGUAAUCAUAUACAGCUUACCCAAUUUAGUAAAGUAAAUUAUUUCUUUUUUUUUCUAAAUUGAUGAUUAGAUGUUUAUUCAUACACUUUACCAAAUUUAGAUGAAUGUGAAACUUGCAAAAGAUGUGUUAAGUCACAAAGUUGCUGAGGCUGUAUCAGCUUAUUAGAGGUGUCCGGAGUCAGAAAUUUUGGACUCUUGCUCCAAUCCGACUCCGAAACUUUUGACUCCGACUCCGCUCCUGCUCCGAAAUUUUUUUUAAAAAUCAAAUCCGACUCCGCUCUAAAUUUUAAUAAAUUUUCUCCGAGGCGCUUGGCCGCUUUUAAUGAAUUCUCUCCCGGCAACGAAUCUCAUCACACCAACAAAUCUCUGCGUCCUUUGUGCCCAACACGUUAUAUUCUGCGAUAUGCAGCAAUUGAGACGUUUGCGGCGGAAUAUGAAAAUAUCCUUGAUUGGCUGAAUGAGGUUGCUAACGAUCCGACGCGAACUUCAGUCACCAAAUGGGCUGCCCGGCCUUUGCUGUUAGGGCUGGAGGAUUUUACGGUUUAUUUUAUGUUAAUGUUAGUAUUUUAUGUUAAUGUGGAAUUUUCUGCCAAGAUCGAGAAUGUUCUUUUAUGCGAAGCCAAUCCCGCAUGUACAGAGGAAGUUCAGAAAUUUUAUAAUGAAAUAAUAUCAACGGGUUCUAUUAAGGAAGAAACACAAUUUCUAAAGAGAUACCUUUCCGCCAAAUCAAAUGGUAUUACUACACCUUCAGACUUGGCAGACAUUUUCCAUCAAAAUGAAGCAAUUUCGUUGUUAUGCCCAAAUUUAAAGACGCUUCUCCGUAUCUACUACACAAUCAAAUAAAACUUUUGCAUGUUCCCAUAAGUAACAACAUGGAUCUCAAGGCCAGAAACAUUUGUUGGCCUCCACCAAGGUCAAUUAAAGUAAAAUCUACAAAACUAAAGCACCAUUUUAUUUUAAUGCUUUAAACUAAGCAAAUGCUCCUACAGAGCAACUUACACUGUUUCAAGACGCUCACCUUUAAAGCGUUAUUGUGUAAUUUUCACUUGUUUAAAUUCCAGAGCUGUUGCUGAACUCUAUGGAUACGGAUUCUUUUAAUAAUGGGCUUCGGCGAUUCAUAGCUGUUGCACAAAUCAGAUCGGAUCAAGGAACCAAUAUAGUUGGUGCAUGCAAUGAGCUGAGCGCUGGUUUACGUGGUUUGUCUCACGAAUGUAUUCAGCAAUAUUUUUUAGCUAAUAAUUGUGAUUGGAUUAAAUUUAACGUUCCUCAUUCCAGCAACAUGGGAGGUGUCUGGGAACGCCAAAUUCAAACUGUUCGACGCGCAUUGGACCCCUUGCUUAUGCAACUCGGGACCCAGCUAGAUGAUGAGACUUUCCGAACGUUUCUGGUGGAAGUGGAAAGUAUAGUAAAUUCGCGCCCUUUAACUACGGACAAUCUAUCAGAACCGGGUGCACCCGAACCUUUAACACCAAGCCAUCUCUACUAACUAGUGAUGUACCGAAUCGUUCAAAAAACGUUUUGCCGAAUAAAUUCGGCCGAAUUUCAAGACCUACUCGUAAGGACUUGCGUCGCAUCGACUUCGUUUAAACUAAUCGCGAAUCUUGCGUUGUUACAUGACCCUAGUGCUUCUACAGGCUUGAUUAUAAAAGUUAUACGUGCGUUUUAAUAUCAAACGACAUCGGAAAAGCCACGAAAAGGUAAUAUUUACCAAAACAGCCUAAUAGAUCAACAAACAUAAAACCAAACCUAAAACACAAACCUCAUCACAAACAAAGUUUGCAACAGUAGUAUUGUUACGCUACUAACGUAACAAUUGUAAACCAGACAUUUCACUUUGUUGCGUAAUAUCAACAUUUUAUAUAAGAGAGUAUACGUGUAUAUUUAAUACGAGACAGCAAGUGUAUUGUAUUAUAUGUGUAUUAUUUGGGUUAUUAAGCAAGAUUGUUAAUAGUUUGGGAAUUAUUAGACGUGGACACUGAAGAUACAUAGCUGUGUGUAUGUGUGGAAAGAUAAAAUAGGAAACGUGCUAAUGUUUAGAGAGGCAGUAAAGCAGCUGGUGCGAGAACGUGGACUACCACGUCGCUCAUAAAUCCCGCGCCGUGGCGUAGUGGUUAGCGCGCCUGACUCUAACCCAGAGGUAAAUGGGUUCAAAGCUCGUCGCUGCUACCAUUGUGGGUG